AUGAAGGUCGGACUGCUCUGGUUCUCGCAGAGUACCGCUUGGUACUGCGUGUUUAUUUCUGUUUUUGCCGUCAUCAUCCUCGGUGUCAUCGCAUCUCUGUUCCAUUCUGGCCAUGAGUCCAUGGUAGGCCGUAUCGACGACCCGCCUACCGAUGCGAUACCUGCUGUUGUCUCAACAAUCUCUGCCGCGAUCUUCGUUUACGCUUUGCAAAUUGACGGCAUUGCACUUAGGCUUAGGCACGGCCUUGUGCGGGUGAACCCAAGAGAGCAGAUGGCCUACAUCUUGGCAACGAAGGCCACCCAGUUCACGGGCAAUAAUGGAAAUCUGAUCUCUUUUCAAAUCGGCACUGAACAGUGGUAUAAUCAACGUGAUGUCCCGAGGUACGAGACAGCUCUUUCCACCCUCAAAAGGACGACACUCUACGUUUGA